AAGUAAAGAAACCACGUAAUUGAGGGUGUAACCAGAAACGAAACAUUCAUUUUCGGAUUUUAGGGUUAGCAGCUUCCACCAGCAGCCAUGGUUCUCAAAACUGAACUCUGCCGAUUCAGUGGCGCAAAGAUCUACCCAGGAAGAGGCAUCAGAUUUAUUCGUAGUGAUUCUCAGGUUUUCCUGUUUGUGAACUCGAAAUGCAAAAGGUAUUUCCACAACCGUUUGAAGCCUUCAAAGCUCACAUGGACUGCCAUGUACAGAAAGCAGCACAAGAAGGAUAUUGCUCAAGAAGCAGUGAAGAAGAGACGCCGUGCUACCAAGAAGCCAUACUCCAGGUCCAUUGUUGGUGCUACCCUGGAAGUAAUUCAGAAGAAGAGAACUGAGAAGCCUGAAGUUAGAGAUGCAGCUAGGGAAGCUGCUCUUCGUGAAAUUAAAGAGAGGAUUAAGAAAACAAAGGAUGAGAAGAAAGCCAAGAAAGCAGAAGUAGCAUCAAAGGCACAGAAAUCCGGCAAAGGGAAUGUUCAGAAGGGUGGUUUGCCCAAGGGUCCUAAAAUUGGCGGUGGUGGCGGGAAACGCUAAGUGUUCCAGUUUUGGCUUUAAAUUUAAUUACAUUUGGUUUGAAACUUCUGUACGGAUAUAUUUCUUUUUUGCUUGAGUAGACUUUUAUAUUACUGUUUUACAACACUUGUGUUUGGAGCUUCAACAGUACUUGGUUACUGAAUGCAUUUUGCUAGUGGUGCUA